AUGCAGUAUUCAAACAUAGCAGCAGACACAUGUAACACUAGAGCAAGUGAAACUUCCUCCAGUCCCGCGCUCGACGGCAGCGGCGGACCGCGCCUGCGCGAACGGACAAACAUGGCGGCGCCUGUGGCGGCGCUGCGAGUGCGGCGGGCGGCUGGGCACCGGGGGCAGGAGGAUGGGGCGCCGCAGCCCGGCAAAGGCGGUCAGCAGGAGGGGCACGGCGCACCCGAGGGCGCCGGGCUGCAGCCGGGAACCUUCUGGCUCACCAGGAUAGUUCUGCUGCGCUCCAUAGCCUUCAUUUACUUUGUGGCCUUUUCUGUUGCUUACCAUCAAAACAGACAGUUACUGGGAAAGAAAGGAUUGCUACCAAGUCAACUGUAUUUACAGAAGGUUCAACAUUAUGCUAGUGGUAAAGUUGGCAUUGAAGCUUUGAGUUACGCACCAACGGUUCUGUGGUUCCUGGACUGGUCGGACAUGGAUGCACAUCUUGACAAUAUUGCCUUGUUGGGAAUGGGACUGUCGGUGUUUGUAUUGCUCACAGGAUGUGCCAAUAUGAUUAUCAUGUUUGUCUUAUGGAUCCUGUAUCAUUCGCUGGUGAACAUUGGUCAGAUUUGGUACUCGUUUGGCUGGGAGUCUCAGUUGCUGGAAACUGGGUUCCUUGGAAUUUUCCUGUGCCCUGUGCUGACCGUCCGUUCCAUUCCACGUCAUACACCACCAUCCAAAAUUGUCAUCUGGUCCUUCCGUUGGCUCAUUUUCCGCAUUAUGCUGGGAGCGGGGCUGAUUAAGAUCCGUGGAGAUCGUUGUUGGAAGGAUCUGACCUGCAUGAACUAUCAUUAUGAGACUCAGCCUGUGCCUAAUCCAAUUGCAUAUUACAUGCAUCGAUCUCCAUGGUGGUUCCACAGCUUUGAGGUUCUGGUCAACCAUUUUAUUGAGCUCAUUGUUCCAUUUUUCCUAUUUAUGGGGCGCCGGAUGUGUGUUAUCCAUGGAAUUCUGCAGAUCUUUUUCCAGGUCUUACUCAUCAUCAGUGGGAAUCUCAGUUUCUUGAACUGGUUGACUAUUGUUCCCAGUAUUGCCUGCUUUGAUGACUCCAAUCUGGCCUUUCUCUUCAGCUCACGACAAGGGAAGGCCAAAGAUCAAGUAUCCAUGAUUCAGGCUAAAGAGGCAAUGGGUCAGAAACCGCCUACUCAUUAUGGUGCCUUCAUUCGACGUGUGCUGAAUAUCUCCAUUGGGGUUCUCAUCGCUUACCUCAGUCUACCGGUGAUUGUAAACCUGCUCAGUUCAAAACAAAUGAUGAACACUUCCUUCAAUCCAUUGCGAAUUGUCAACACCUAUGGAGCCUUUGGAAGUAUUACAAAGGAACGGACUGAAGUCAUAGUUCAGGGGACGAUGAGUGAGGAUCCGAAAGAUCCCAGUGCCUUGUGGGAGGAAUAUGAGUUCAAGUGUAAACCUGGUGAUCUGAAGCGGAGACCGUGUAUUAUUAGUCCAUACCAUUACCGUCUCGACUGGCUAAUGUGGUUUGCUGCAUUCCAGACCUAUGAACAAAAUGAAUGGUUAAUCCAUUUGGCAGGGCGACUUCUGAUGAAUGACAGCCUUGCAAUGUCACUAAUACAACACAACCCAUUUCAAAGUCGAGGACCACCAAGAUGGGUAAGGGGAGAGCACUAUCGCUAUAAGUUCAGCAGACCUGGCGGCAACCAUGCUGCAGAGGGUAAGUGGUGGAUUCGGAAACGGAUCGGUGUGUAUUUUCCACCUCUCAAUGUGAAGGGGCUGAAGAGGUAUUUUAAGGAGCGGAAAUGGCCCAUUCAAGAUGACCAGUGAAGCAAUGAUUCUUUUAUGAAUUAAAAGCAAUUGGCUUCCAGCAAGAACACCAUAACGCCACCUCAGGAUACACACAUCACUUCAUGUCGUGAAGCAUAGUGACUAAUUUUCACCUGUCUGAAGCCAAGUGACUGGAAUGGUCAAUGAUACCAUUCCCCCCAUUGUUCCCACAGAAUGAAUAUAUUUUAAUCAAAAGAGGACUCAUUUUUAAUAUCUGUGAUGUUUUUCAGGUGAACUUCUAACAAAUUAUCAGACCACAUUAUAUACAAUAUUUCUAGAUUUCAAUGGAAUUUUCUUUAAAUCAUUAUUUCAGGAGAUUGUAAUUCAGACCCACUUCUUGACUUCCUUCUAUGCAACAUUAAUCACAAAGAGUCAGGUACAAAGCAAGAGACUAAACCAGGAAAAGUUCUUUCCACAUUUGAAAGUAGCUUUGUUGUCCCAGCAGUGGACUCUACAUCCUACGAUCCUUUAACAUUCUAUCAGUGUGCCUGUGGAGUACCAUUUCCACUUAGUUCCUAAGAAUCUCUGACACCCAGUUAGACCAGCUGCUCUGUGCGGCUCCCCCCACCUUUGGUCCACUGGUCUGUGCAGUUUCCUGCUCAUCGUCUCAACCUGCACAACUCGUGUCAAUCUUCAGAAAGGGCUCGGCCCAUUGGUCUGUCCUGAUCCAAGUUCAGCCCACUGCUCUGUGUGGCUGCAGGCAUGGGGUGGCAGGAUGCAUUAUUCCCCCAGUUCCUAGCUCACUCUCUUUCUCAUCCCAUCUGUUGGAUCCAGCUUCGCAGCCCACUCACCCCCUCCCAACAGUCACACCCACCCCACCACCACCCACACCCACUCCCAACAUCCCCACCCACCCCCCUAACACCUAUCCAGCCACACUCACCCACACCCACUCAACUUGGCCCAACACCCAUCCAUCACACUCACCCCACUCAUUGCUUUAUGGCAUAAUUAAUCAGUUUUCAGGGGAAGGACAGGUGGAAGGGUAAUUCUGCCAUUAAAGCGGUGGAGUGUUGUGCAAUUUAAUCAUUGCUUUUGUCAGCAAUGUAGUUGAUCCCAAAAUGGCUUCAAAGUGUCUUAACAAAGUAUAUAGUGAGACAAUGAAGAACAUUGAUUUCAGUCUGGAGGCCAUAACCAUUCAACGCUUUGUGGUAGUUUGAACCUUCUUGUUCUAAAUACAAUUGUUCUUAGUAUCAGUGAUUUAUGACGUUGAUUCACCUUUCUGGAAGAAAAUGGACCAAAGAGCUGCCACCCUGGAGGUUCUGUAAUAGCUUUGUGAAUGUGCUCCUGGGUAAGCUGUUGACCCAGGUCCUGUUGAAGAGUUUACUGCUGUUCAAUCAAUUCUGUUACCUGAAAUGGAAUUUGUAAUAUCAAAAUUAAA